AUGUUCGGUCGAUCGAUAACGGCAGCUCUGCUGGCCACUGCACUGCUUCUCAAUGGUGCUGAAGCUGGACGACUCACUCCCCGGGCUCCGCCUACACGCCGCGGCCAUCAUGCUCAUAGAUCGGAGCCGAUCGAUACAUCGGAUUAUCGAUUCUUGACCAAUAAGACAAAGUCUCAUGUGGUAGAAAGCCUACCAGACGUUCACUACGAACUGGGGGAGAUGUACUCGGGGUUCCUCCCAGUUCGCGAAAAUGCAUCCUUAUUCUACAUAUUCCAGCCGAAGAUUGGAGAGCCAAGCAACGACCUCACAGUAUGGUUUAAUGGUGGACCGGGUUGUAGUUCAAUGCAGGGGUUUUUGCAGGAGAAUGGACGGUUUACCUGGCUUCCCGGCACAUAUGAACCGGUCGUCAACCCGUACUCGUGGGUUAAUCUGACAAAUAUGUUAUGGGUGGACCAACCGGUUGGGGUGGGCUUCUCCAACGGCACGCCAAUUGCUACCAACGAAGAGGAAAUUGCAGUGGACUUCGUCAAUUUCUUCGAGGAGUUCCAAAAUCUCUAUGGUAUCAAGGAUUUCCGAAUCUUCCUGACUGGUGAAAGUUAUGCGGGGCGUUAUGUGCCCUACAUAUCCGCUGCCAUGCUCGACAAAAACGAUACCGAACACUUUGACCUCAGUGGAAUCAUGAUGUAUGAGCCAUGCAUUGGCCAAUGGGACUAUAUCCAGGCCGAACUUCCCGCUUACCCGUUCGUUGAACAACACGCCGACCUGUUCAACUUCAACCAAUCCUUUAUGGGAGAGCUUAAAGAGACAUACGAGCAAUGCGGUUACGAGGAAUACUUCGAGGAAUAUUUCUCCUUCCCACCCUCUGGGAUCCAACCCCCCAAACUCAUGAAUUACUCCGAGUGUGACAUCUACAACAUGAUCUAUAACGAGGCUUACAACCCGAACCCAUGCUGGAGCCCGUCCAAAGUCAGUCAAACCUGCCCUCUACUGUGGGAUGUUCUAGGCCUCCCCACAGACCUUACCUACCAGCCCGCACCGGCGAACUAUUUCAACCGCAUCGAUGUCAAGAAGGCCCUACACGUCCCCGCGGAGAUCGACUGGGAGAUCUGCACUGCUCAGAGUGUCUUUGUCAGUCCCGAUCCGGGACCAGAACAAGCAUUCGACGAAUCCCCGAAUCCCACAGAGCAUGUACUUCCCCGCAUUAUCGAGGCGACUAAUCGCGUUUUGAUCUCGAAUGGAGCUUGGGACUAUCUGAUCAUUACGAAUGGAACGUUGGUCGCGAUUCAGAAUAUGACUUGGAAUGGCCAGUUGGGUUUCCAGAGCCGCCCUUCUAUGCCUAUUCAUAUUGACAUGCCCGACUUGGAAUAUUACGCGCCCUUUGAUGCCCUGGAAGGGUAUGGCGAGCUCGAUGGCCCACAGGGUAUUAUGGGUGUUCAGCACUAUGAGCGUGGUCUCAUGUUUGCGGAAACCUACCAGGCGGGCCACCGACAGUCCCAGGAUCAAGGGCGGGUGUCUUAUCGUCAUGUUGAGUGGUUGCUGGGCGAUGAUAAGCAUCUUUGA